AUGGUAUACAACAGCACUGCUACUCGUAAUGGCAAUUUGCGCAAACGGAACACAGUACACACUAAUGUUCAAAGUCUGAAAAGGAUUAAUUUCAGUCAGAGAUUUUAUUCGGGUCGUUCAUCAAGCAUACCUAGAAAGGUCGUGACCUCAAAACGCAAUACACCAGUAUCAAUCAGUUCUAGCGAAUCAUAUGAACGUCAUUUCCAUCUCCACGCAUCUAAGAAGAAUCUAGAAGCCGCGAUCGCAGUAUACAUUCAGGGAUUGUUAAGAGGGGUGCGUUUAGGUCAGGAUUUUCAUUCAAAUGUCCGGAAAGUCAUUUUAGAUGCUCGGGAUCCUUACUUAACAUUAAAAUUGUACAAUGAUCUGCUUAAUACAAAUAUAAAGUUUGGGGAAUCUAUGGAAUGGAAUGCAGCAAAAAUAGACAAUGCGUUAAAAAGAUUUUCUCCCUACAAGGUAGAUCUUGCAUAUCAAACUUUAAAGAAGAAAUCGAAAGUGCAUAACUUGAUUUAUCGCGAGGUUGUCGAUAGGUUAGCCACGGAAUUCAGGUUGGUACAACAGGCGGUGAAUUGUUAUCGUGACAUGAGGUCCAAUGGGUAUUAUCUCGAUUUGUGGACAUUCAAUAGGCUGUUAAAUAGUGUAUGCAGAUCAGACGAUUACGACACGGCGUGGAAAAUAGUUGAAGAGAUGUUGCGCGUCGGCGUAAAACCCGAUAUUGUCACUUUCAACAUCCUUUUGAAUUAUCAGAUCAUACGUAAAAGAUGGAUUCAAGUUGUCCGAAUAAUAGACAUGAUUCAGGAUGCAAGAUUAUAUCCCACCGAGAGCACCUACCACACAUUGACAAAUAAUAAGUAUUUAAGCCGUUUAAAUGAUCAAGAGGCACGAGAAUUUGCGGAGGUAAUCAUACGGAGAAUGUCUCUCUUCAAACAACUAGAGUGGUUUGCGAGUCGUGGGGAUGCAAAGAUGAUGGCAAAAAUUUAUAAAGAGAUGAUUGAGAAAGGAAUGGACAGGGAGCCCCGCACAUUCGGGAUCAUCGUUCAAUAUUUCUUUUCGCGUCAGGAGGGGGAUAAGGUUAAACAGGUUUACAAAGAGAUGAUUAGAUUAGGGAUAAAACCAACUUCAUAUUUUUACGGUAUUCUGGUCAAAGGUUUCGUAAAAAUGCAAGACAUGAACAAUGCGAAUAACAUGUAUCGUGUCAUGUCAUCAGAAUCGAUGAUAGGGGAUAUCGACACUUACAACUAUCUGCUUUGGGGUUACGCGCAAAACGUAAAUCUUGGGGAAAUCAUUGGUCUACUUGACGACAUGCUUCUUUUUAAAAUCUAUCCAAACAUUAACACAAUUUCUAUAGUGAUGAAUUUAUUCAUGAAAUUAAAAAAUGUUGGAAUGGCACGACAACUCUUUGACAUGUUGAUUACCGAAAAUUAUCUAGAACCUAAUUUGUAUGUUUUCAAUAGUCUCGUCUUUGGAUAUACCCACAUUGCCAACGAUCUAGCAGAAGCCACAAGAUUCCUAUUGCAUAAUUCGACCACUCGAAAGAUACAACUCAAGGCUUGGACAUUUAAUAUUGUUAUCAAAGAAUUUAUCUCACGAAACAAUAUGGAUGCCGCCAUGAGUUUGAUGAGACAGAUGGAACCGGUGCACGGUGUUGAACCUAACGUUUGGACUUUCUAUCACAUGAUCAUUGGUUACAUUCGCAGGAAACAAUUCGAUCAAGCGUUAGAAUUGCUUAAUGAAAUGUCUGAGCGGAGGAUGGAACCAAGUCGGAGACUGAAUAACUUUAUAAUGAAAGUGAGACAUAGACUCACUAUUAAUCUACCACCUGCAUUCAACUACUCAAAAAGUCAUAGAAAAAAAUAA